GCUGGCUACCUGGAGCCGACUGGCGAGGUGUUGUGAGAUUAGUAGCAGAAAUCUGUAGGUUAGAUUUACUUUUUAGUAGGUGCGACGAUGACCCUCUGACACCAAGGAUGGACAUAAGUUAACAAUGACGGGGGAGAAAAAGAAGAAAAAGCGGCUGAACCGCAGCAUUCUUCUAGCAAAGAAAAUUAUAAUAAAAGAUGGAGGAAGUCCUCAGGGAAUCGGUGAGCCCAGUGUGUACCAUGCUGUGGUGGUCAUCUUCCUGGAGUUUUUUGCAUGGGGUCUGCUCACCACCCCGAUGCUCUCGGUCUUACACCAGACAUUCCCCCAGCACACAUUCCUGAUGAAUGGGCUAAUUCAUGGUGUCAAGGGCCUAUUAUCAUUUCUGAGUGCUCCGCUGAUCGGAGCUUUGUCAGACGUAUGGGGACGCAAGUCUUUCCUGCUGCUAACAGUCUUCUUCACGUGUGCGCCCAUUCCACUGAUGAAGAUCAGCCCAUGGUGGUACUUCGCAGUCAUCUCCAUGUCCGGCGUCUUUGCCGUCACCUUCUCUGUGAUCUUUGCCUAUGUGGCGGACAUCACGCAGGAGCAUGAGAGGAGCACAGCAUACGGUUUGGUAUCGGCUACCUUUGCGGCCAGCCUGGUUACCAGCCCGGCCAUCGGAGCCUACCUAUCUGUGGCCUAUGGGGACACCUUGGUGGUGAUCUUAGCCACAGCCAUCGCCCUGCUCGAUAUCUGCUUCAUCCUGGUGGCCGUACCGGAGUCGCUGCCGGAGAAGAUGAGGCCAGCGUCGUGGGGAGCGCCCAUCUCCUGGGAGCAGGCGGAUCCUUUCGCUUCUCUGCGUAAAGUGGGUCAGGACUCCACGGUGCUCCUCAUCUGCAUCACAGUGUUUCUCUCCUACCUCCCCGAGGCCGGCCAGUACUCCAGCUUCUUCCUCUAUCUCAGACAGGUCAUCGGCUUCUCGUCAGAGACAGUGGCUGCCUUCAUCGCUGUUGUUGGGAUCCUUUCAAUACUAGCUCAGACGGUGGUGUUGGGCAUCCUGAUGCGUUCAAUAGGGAACAAAAACACAAUCCUGCUGGGCCUCGGUUUCCAGAUCCUCCAGCUGGCGUGGUACGGGUUCGGCUCUCAGCCCUGGAUGAUGUGGGCAGCUGGAGCCGUCGCAGCCAUGUCCAGCAUCACUUUCCCCGCCAUCAGCGCCAUCGUGUCCCGUAACGCAGACCCAGACCAACAAGGUGUGGUCCAGGGGAUGAUUACAGGAAUCCGGGGCCUCUGUAACGGUUUGGGUCCCGCUCUAUACGGUUUCGUCUUCUACUUGUUCCACGUGGAGCUCACCGACACGGACGGCUCUGAUAAAGGUGCCAAACCCAACAUGGUCAACCCCACUGAUGAGAGUGCCAUCAUCCCAGGACCUCCCUUCCUGUUUGGUGCAUGUUCAGUGCUGUUGUCUCUGCUGGUGGCCCUGUUCAUCCCGGAGCACACGGGGCCCGGCAUGCGGCCCGGAGCCUAUAAGAAGCACAGCAACGGGGCACAGAGCCACUCCCACAGCCCCCAAGGCAGCGGAGCAGAGGGCAAGGAGCCGCUGCUGGAGGACAGCAGUGUAUAACCUAAGCUAAGGGGGGCAGACACCCUUUGCUCCACCCCAUGACCCCCGCACACAUGGAGAGAUACACACUUUUUUUUUUUUUUUUUACCACACGGACACACUUGCACCUCAGGCACACAUCAGACUCGAGUGCAGCCAAAAGGUGUUUGUGUCCGUGUGUUUGUGUCCACGGCACAAAAGUGGGCGCUCCUUCCUCGGCAGCCCCUUUUUCAGUUUUAAACCAGGGUUUUGUGAGGACUCCUUAAAAGACCCUGUAUGAUGAGAGUGUGUUGAGUAUUUUUUCGGGCUGCAGUGGAAAGGUGUGUAUGUGUGUGUUCAGGGAGUGACUCAGCUGAGCUGGACUCUAAUCCUUGGUUUCUGUAAAGUGGCAACAGAGUGGAGCAUACAACAGCUUGCCCCCCUCCUGGUGCAAACCGAAGUGAUUCUGGUUUAGAGUGUGAGUGGGGUAAAAUCCCCAUUGUUACUAAAUCCCUGUGUGAUUCUUCAUAUUCCUCUGUAGCCAGUGAAGUGGCAACUUUUGUCUGUUUGUCCAGCAGGAGUGUAACAAACAGUUGGUUGCGCACUUGUUUAAUGGUCUUUCACAAGCUAACUUCUGUUUUGAUGCUUUUCAUUGAGACUUGAGCUCCUGUUAAAGCAUCCAAGAAGGGAACACAGUUCUUCCUCUGUAUGCACAGCAACUGUAUGCCUGUGAGAGGAGUCUCUGCAAACCAGUCUUGGAGACGUGCUGCCUAAUUUAGGUUAGGAUGGGUCAACCGGAUCAGAUCGAAACAAAAUAACAGUUGGACUUUUGUCUGCCUGAGUAUAAUUUCUUUAAAUGUCACACUUCUUACAGAGAGGAGUGUAGGAGAGAGACCACUUUGUUAGCUGAAACUGUUUUUCAAUGUUUACUUGCCAUUCUCUAGAUUAGUAGUACAGUUUGGGUUGUAUAUUUUUCUCUGUUCCAACUGAAGGCUAGUUGUGCUUCAAGUUUUUAUUCAAGAAACAAAUGUUGCCUUGAAGUGACUUAAUAUAAACAUAUAAAUAUAUAAAUAUAAAUAUAUAUAUAUAUACACAGUAUAUAUAUACAUAGACAUUACGUAACCUGUAUGAAGACCAAGGUCUGAGAAGGCUGUAAUCUUACACUAUCGCUCCCAUCGGAGCCGUUACAAACUUUUUAUUCCUUUAGUUUUCAUGCCCUUCCUGUUACUUUGUUUCCUGACAUUUAUCACCAUCAGGGUUUAAGGCUUACAGAACCAUGGUUUUAUUUUAAAAGCCUCUGGACCACUUCAAGCUAGAGUGUUGCUAUCAGCACAGAGUCUUUGAAUUAAUAUCAUUAGUUUAAAACAAAAUAUCAGUCACGCUGCGGUAGAAAACUCAAAGGUUAAGUGUGAUGUAAUGUGGUGGAUGAAGAUUUCUACAGUAGUAAUUGGAUAUUUAGUAGAAAACGGUUUCCCUUAUGUUUAAGCUGCCACGCAAAUGGUUAUUAACAGACACCAACGCGAUUCACAAGAGAUGGCAGAGACGUUUUUUAGAUGUGAAGCACCUCAUCGAGCUGGCUUGUAACUCAAAAACUCACGUUUAGCAGGCUGCAGAUUCUCCAUCAGGCCAGUUUUACACAUGUCAGCCUGUGUGCCACCUGUUGAAAGGAAAGUGACAGAAGUGUUUCAGACUUGCAGAUGUUGAGAUGUUUAUUUUACCAGCAGGAAGCAAAGAAAUAAGAAGCUGCUCCAAUUUUAACAGAUGCCCUAAAUACAGGCAGUGUCACAGUUAUUACAGCUGCAGUUGUAGUAUUUUCAAAAGCAGAUGUUUUUGAGAGUUAUUGGAAGUUUUUACAUUUUGCACCUGAUGGCUAAAGUAACAAACAAAUGUAGCAUCAUGAUAUCACAGUAACACCCAGUAGAAAUGAAAUCUAAAGCAACCAAGACCUUAAUGCCACUCAGAGCAUUGUGUAGUUGUCCCAGCAGCAGUUAUCAGUAAAGAUUAUCAGGUUAAUUAAAUGCAAACUCUCACAAGAAACAUCUGUCACAUUGUCUGAAAGUCUGUAUUUGAAUUUGCAGCUGCUGUUACUUUUCUUGCCAGGAGGUGGCGCAGGUUGACCUGUUGGAGCUGCAGCAUCCUAACUAGAAGAUUUUGGCUGCACCUUUUUUUUUUGUCUUUUUUUUUUUGUGUGGUGCUUCGCAUCAGUGACACUGUGUUCCCUUAUUCACAUAGUGUGUUUAGCAGCUGGUAAAUUAUUCAUGUCGCAAUUUGUUUGAUUUCUAAAAUGUCUCAAGUGCAUUUAAAUAACCAAAUUACAACCUGAUAUGGAUUAGAAGCUAACAGUGGGCUUUCAUGCUGUUUGACAUCUAUUGGAACUGAAGUGUACGUCAGAUAUUUUGUGCCAAUUAUUAUUAUUAUUAAUUUCUUU